GUCUAGAAAGCGUGGUGAAGCGAGAGCGGUAGAAAAAUACAAUUCCGACAAACUCACGCGCGCGUACUUGUCAUGUUAUUACGUUCUGAACGACUCCGGUCGCCGAUCACAUUUCGAGUGAUUCCAGAUACCCUAAGGCGGGUUUGAAGAGUUUGGUGUCCGUGUCGAAGAAGAGAAGAAACGCGCUGAGAAAAAGGCAGCGAAGUGUGAUCGAUGCACGAUUAAUGAAAGUUCGAAAAAGAAGUCUGUCGCGAGGGCUGGUGCGUGGCACGUAAUAUGCUUUGCAGGAGGUACCCGAGGUGGUUGGUAACAGAGACGCUUGGCGGAUGGAUACGGUCCUGCUCGAUCCCCUCCACCUUCCUCAUCCCGCUACACGACCAGUCAGUUCCUUGUUUGCCAUACAAAAUCCAAUAGUUUGCCUUGUACCUCGAGAGUGCGAGUAUGUCUUUUGCAUUUCCCUUUUCUCCCGUUGGAAAAAGUGCGGCGAUCCACUCGAGAUACUCGCGAAAAUGUGCAUUUUACUGAGUUUGUUUACACACACGACGAGAUUCCGAUGGUAUUGAGAGGGAGAGCCAAGGGAGCAUAGUGAAUUCCUGUCGCGAACGAACCGACCGGCCCGUUAAGGCUUCGUCGAUUUUUCGGUCGUGGAAAAAAAGGCAACGGAGCCGAGGCUUUUUGUCGCGGAAAGUCAGUCGAACGACUGAGAAAAUAAGAGGACCCGAUUCAGAGCGGGCAAGCUCGUGCAAGUGACGAGGUGUUGUGCCACUCGAGGUGGUUCCCUUUUGUAAAAGGAGCACCGCCAGGACCGAUCAUUUUCACUGGAGCUCUCGGGGAAAAUGUGUUAUGUAUUUACGUGGAAUAUUGCGUAACGUCGAGGGCCGGGAAGUGUUUGGAAACGUGCAACACUGACAAACCUCGCUUCGACGACUUCACACGGGGACGGCGACUGUACGCGUCCGUGCAGCUGGCUUUACCGGCUCUAUUUCGUCCCUCUGCCCCAGCGAAAUCCCCUCGCGAGGCCCGAUACCGCGAUCGAAAUUUUCCGACGAAAGAAAUCCCGACGACCGCCGCAUCCACUCCUCAAGGGGCAGAACUCUCGUCGCCGAUUCACCGCCUCACGUCGACCACUUGCUUCUGGACACCUCUUCCCUUCGAUAUUACCCUGGUGCAAGGACUUUCAACUUCUUUUCAGAUGGAAAUUGCAUUUCCAAUGUGAUCUGCGAUGAAACGCGUUCGCGGGCUGGACGAGGUAGCAUCACCAGCAGCAGCAACAUUAAAGCACUCGUCAGUGAGUGCAGGAAGUGGCUUAGGUGGCGGAGGAGGUGGUUUGGAGUAUCAUUCAAGCAGUGGAAUAGGCGUUGUUGUACCUGGCCAAGCAGUUCGAUCAGUUACUUCGAAAGAAAUGCCGGGUAGCAUACAAUUCGGAAGUGCCCAAGCUCAACAGCAAUACACCGGAGCAAUUGUUGUGCCCACCGCGGCUCCGUCCCCCAUUAAGGGAAGUGGAUCUGCAGGACUUACUACUACAUGUGGCAGUAGCAGUGUAAAUACUGGUGGAGGGUUGCAUAGUGGGAUAGGUGGUGGGAGUAACCAUAGUAUGGGUUCUCAGCAACCUGCACCAGGAACACAGAGUCAAGUUCAUAGCCAGCAACAGCCAACAAUAAGGCAUAAGGUCCACUCUGGAAAUGUAACGCCACUAGCUUCAACCCCACCAGGCUCUAGCCUAGGUGGUGGAAGUGGGUCCCAACAAUUUCAGAGAUUAAAAGUAGAGGAUGCAUUGUCUUACUUAGAUCAAGUCAAGUACAAAUUUAGUGAUCAGCCACAGGUGUAUAAUGACUUCUUAGAUAUUAUGAAAGAAUUUAAGUCGCAAAGCAUAGAUACUCCAGGUGUUAUAACACGAGUGAGUCAUUUAUUCAAAGGGCACCCUGAGCUUAUUGUGGGUUUCAAUACAUUUCUUCCACCUGGAUAUAAAAUAGAGGUGCAAGCGAAUGAACAAGGAUAUGCGUUUCAAGUAUCUGUCAGUAUGCCAAGUCCAACUGCAACACAUACUGCUACCUUAUCGCAGCAUCAUUGCACAGUCAAUGUAGGUUCACCUCCUGUUGCAAGUCCACCAACACAACCAGCAAAGGCACCCCCAGUUUUACAAAUAAUGCACGGGUCCGGGAAUAUACAUCACUCUCACAUUUCAAACAAUAUUUCCAACAACAGUUUAACAGUGCAUGCACCAUCACCGCCACCGGUGCAGGCAUACAAUAAUUCACAUGUUAGUGCGGCACAAGCUCAGGCUGUUAGUCAAGCAUUAAGUCAAGCACAAGAUGGAAUACCAACUAGUGGGCAAACACAACAGAGCCAACCGGUUGAAUUUAACCAUGCAAUUAAUUAUGUUAAUAAAAUCAAGAACCGAUUCCAAGGUCAGCCGGACAAAUACAAACGGUUCCUGGAAAUAUUGCAUACUUAUCAAAAAGAGCAACGGAACUUAAAAGAAUCUGGGCACAUGGGUGGCACAAGUGGAUCCGGUGGUACUGGCGGAGCGAAGCUAACAGAGGCAGAAGUUUACAGUCAAGUUGCCAAAUUGUUCGAGAAUCAAGAAGACUUGCUCGCCGAGUUUGGUCAGUUUUUGCCAGACGCCACUAAUCAACAGAGCUCAUUGAGUAACAAGACUGCUACAGUUAAUGAUCACACAACAAUCGUUAAGAAACCAUUGGGACCCAAGGCACCUUACAAUAAUUCGGGGAAUAUCUCGAGAGAACUUCGAGAGUCGAGCGGCACCAGUACGAUAGAACGUGAAAGCCGCGAUCACAGGGAUCGCGAACGAGAACGGGACAGAUCCGGCGUUCGAGAUAUCAACAGUGCCCAGAAAUGUAGUCACAAUACGGGACCAUUGAGUCACAAACGGAGUCCAUCGUUUUCCCCGUCGGUAACAGCCGGAAAUUCACAUCACAUACAGCACGGUCCACCCCCAAAGAAGCCUAAAGUAACGUCCAUGCGUGAAUGCGUUACCACAGCAGAGGCUGGGAAGUAUGGGAGUCUGAAUGACUAUGCUUUUUUCGACAAGGUGCGGAAAGCGCUAAGAUCUCAAGAAGUCUACGAAAACUUCCUGAGAUGCUUAGUCCUGUUUAACCAAGAGAUCGUGUCCAAAUCUGAACUGGUGCAAUUGAUAACGCCAUUUCUUGGUCGCUUUCCCGAGCUUUUACGCUGGUUCAAAGACUUCCUGGGCCAUUUACCCGAGUCCUCUACCACCACUACAACCAAUACGGCAAGCAAUAUGAAUGUCGAAGCGUUACCAAAUAAUGUCGUACGAAGUCAUCAAGAGCGUCCUCAGGGCGAUCUGGCCAUGGAAAUAGACUAUACAGCAUGCAAACGUCUCGGGGCGUCGUAUUGCGCGUUACCAAAGUCUUACGUUCAACCAAAGUGUACAGGAAGAACGCAGUUGUGUAAAGAAGUUCUUAACGAUACGUGGGUCUCGUUUCCAACGUGGUCUGAAGACAGCACAUUUGUAACGUCAAGGAAAACCCAAUACGAGGAGUUCAUCUACCGUUGCGAGGAUGAACGAUUCGAAUUAGACGGCGUGAUAGAAACAAACGCAUCUACGAUUCGAGUUCUCGAAGGUGUCCACAAGAAAAUGAGUAGAAUGAGUCAAGAGGAACUUCAGAAAUUCAAGCUCGAUGAUUGCCUCGGUGGUUGUUCGCCUACGAUUCACCAAAGAGCACUGAAGAGGAUAUACGGCGAUAAGGCGACCGAUAUCAUAGAAGGUCUUAAAAGGAAUCCGGUGGUUGCGGUACCUGUGGUUCUUCGGCGACUGAAAAGUAAAGAGGAAGAAUGGCGGGAGGCCCAAAAAGGUUUCAAUAAAAUUUGGAGGGAACAGAAUGAAAAGUACUAUCUGAAAUCCCUAGACCAUCAGGGUAUCAACUUUAAGCAAAACGACGUGAAAGCUCUCAGGUCCAAAAGUUUAUUCAACGAGAUCGAGACGUUGUACGAUGAAAGGCACGAACAAGUUGACGAUGGCAGCGGAGAUGGACAAAAUAACAGCGGGCCACAUCUUGUGCUACCCUAUAAGGAUAAAUCGGUUCUAGAUGAUGCAGCUAACCUUUUGAUUCAUCAUGUAAAGCGUCAAACGGCAAUCCACAAAGAAGACAAGCAACGAAUAAAGCUCUUAUUAAAACAUUUUAUACCUGAUCUUUUCUUUCAUCCACGCCAAGAACUCAGUGACGAUGAGAGGGACGAAGAUGAUGAAAAAGAAGACCUGAAUGUAGCAGCGUGUAGCAAUUCUCAGUCAGUGACAAUGAAUACAUCUCCGUUGGGUGGUGGUCUACAAGCGAAUAGGAAUAAGGCACCGGUAUCGCCGAUUCCGUCUUCCACGUCGAUUAAAACCGAACCUGACAUCAAAUUACCCAUCCAUGCCUUGUCGAAUGACCCUGAGGAAGCGUACACGCUCUUCAUGGGCAGUAACAAUUGGUACCUCUUUUUGAGGUUACAUCACAUUCUGUGUGAAAGAUUAACGAAAAUGUAUGAAAGGGCUGUCGCCCUCGCUGAAGAGGAAUCACGAUUCAAACAGCAACGGAAAGAAAGUACAGCUGUUGCUUUAAGAUUAAAACCUAAAAAUGAAAUUGAAAUCGAAGAUUAUUACCCUGCAUUUUUGGAUAUGGUUAAAAAUGUCCUGGACGGUAAUAUGGAGAGUACUGCGUACGAAGAUACCCUGCGAGAAAUGUUUGGUAUCCACGCGUAUAUUGCCUUCACGUUGGACAAGGUCGUUACGUACGCUGUGAGACAAUUGCAGCAUUUAGUUUCGGACCCCAUAUGUCAACAAUGUACGGACUUAUUCCAACGAGAACAAAGACAACCAAAAGAAAGCAGUGGCGCGGGUGGUUUAUGUGCUACUGCGUACAUGAGACUUGGUGCAGAAAUGGCGUACCAACGCAAAGCUGAAAAAGCUAUGGCGGAAGAAAAUUGUUUUAAAAUAUAUAUAUAUAAAAAGGACUGUAAGAUGACAAUGGAAUUAUUGGAUACGGAAGGUGAUGAGGCGAGAAGGGAAGGAGUUACAGUAUCUGAAAAAUGGUCUACGUAUGUUGAGAGGUUUUCUGCUCCAGCUGGUCAGACUAGCCCGAAAGACACCCCUACCUUAACAGACAAUGAGCCAACAACCAAUCAUCCUAUGGAUGGAAAUGGUUGGAGUUCUUUAGGCAGAAUCUUGGCAGGACGUAAGCCUGUAUUUCUGUAUCGUAAUGUACGACAAUGGAGGAAGAAGGCCGCAAGGAUGAUGUCUGCAUCUAUGCCUAAUGCUAAUAAUCCUGAGAAGGGUGCAGAAUCAACUGACAAAGACAAGGCACUAGACCCUGUAGAUGCGCUUCUAAAACGGCCUCCUGCUUUAAGAUUAACUGAAUCCGGUGAUAACUCUGAUAUCAUCAAUUCCGAUGAAACCCAAUGCAGAUUUAAUCCCAACAGUUACCAAAUGCUUUAUGUUGCGAGCAAGGAAGCAUUCCUUUAUAAGCAAAACUCGUUCAGUCGUGCCAGAGAGUGUCAUCCAGCUGUGACGAAACAUUUGAACUCAAAGUUCCACCAGUGGUUAGCGUCCUGGGCGUCUAAAAACGUGGCGGACAUACAGCACCGGUUAUGCCAAGACUGGUUAAUGGGCCGUUACGAGAACUUAAUCCCUCACAAGACACGAGUGAUCACUGACAAUGACCAAACUAGAUCACCUUACCGACAAUACAAUCGUUAUCGUGUAGAACGCUUGCAACCCGACCGUCUGACGGAACCAUGUGUAUAAUCUUACAUCUCUUAUAAUUUUCUUUACUAUUCUUUGAGAAUAUAUGAUUAUUACCGAGAGCUCGUUUCGAUAAUCUCGUAUUCGUGGAUACUAUUUGUUAAUAAUUAGUUAAGAAAAGAAUCAAUUGCGAUCGGGGGCAAAAUUGAGACUGAUUCUUGGCCCGCGUUUCGCGUCACGAACCACUACAGAACGUCUUGUUUUGCCGAUGGAGUUCAUCGUGGACGAAGAUGUUAGAGAAACGGUUAUUAAGGAAUCGUAAUUCUUUAUUACACCUGUUGCAUUCGACAAUGACAAAACGUUUGGUUCUUUAAUUGUACAGGUACGAAUAAUACGAUGCAGGUGGAAAUAUCGCUGUCUUGUUAAAUUACUAUUUAUCUAAAGAUUUACAAAGAUCCUGUAGUUUAAAAAAAUAAAAUUUGUGAGU